GCUUUUGCUUUCAGUGAUAGGUUCACAUCUUUCCUCCCUCCCACCCCCCUUCCUUUGAAUAUAAUUUUAGAUUUAGAGUGAAAUCAAGAGAAAAGCACUUUAGAAGCCUGGAAAGCUCUUGCAGUAGCAACAGCAAAGGGGAGAGAGGUUGUGAGCGAUCACACGCGAUUACAUUAAGACAAUUUUUGACAGCGCAGGUUGGGGAAGGACGGAGCAGGGGGGAGCAGCCCCCGAUAUUGGUCCUCCCUUACCUUUUUUCUCCCCCCCCCCUUCCCUUCUCCUUUGAUCCCUAAACUGGCAUUCGAGCUGCAGCGGCGGGGCCGGGGGCGAGGCGGCUGGUGCAGCAGCCCGGCUCCAGCUCUCCGGCGCCCAGCGCGGCCGUAGCCCCGCCGCAGCGCCGCUCCAAACUCGCGUCCCGGGGCAGCGCCGGGGCUGCCCCCGCGUCGGCAGCGCCCCGGUGGGUGCCCGGCCCGGCGCCUCGCCCGCCCCGGGGCCGCGCGGCGGCGGCUGGAGGGGGAGCGCCCCAAGGAGCCGGAGCGGCGGCGGCGGCGGCCGCCCUCGGCGCCCGGGACAAUGGUGCUGGACAAGGAGGACGGUGUGCCGAUGUUAUCCGUACAACCCAAAGGGAAGCAGAAGGGCUGUGCUGGCUGCAACCGAAAGAUCAAGGACCGGUACCUGCUGAAGGCUCUGGAUAAGUAUUGGCAUGAAGACUGUUUGAAGUGUGCCUGCUGUGACUGUCGUCUUGGAGAGGUUGGAUCAACUCUUUACACAAAAGCAAAUCUCAUUCUUUGCCGCAGAGAUUACCUGAGGCUCUUUGGUACCACCGGGAAUUGUGCUGCCUGCAGUAAACUGAUCCCUGCCUUUGAGAUGGUGAUGAGGGCCAGAGAUAAUGUUUACCAUUUGGACUGCUUUGCCUGUCAGCUCUGCAACCAGCGGUUCUGUGUGGGAGACAAAUUUUUCCUGAAGAACAACAUGAUCUUGUGUCAGAUGGACUAUGAGGAAGGGCAGCUGAACGGGAGCUUCGAGUCCCAGGUUCAAUAACAGACCCUGCUUCGCUGAAGCACUGUGGGAUGGGCGCUUGGCCGCAUGAGCAGCGAGGGCGCCUGUCAGCUUGCCUGCAAUAUUUUUUUAAUUCUUGGUCCAGAGAGGACUAUAUACAUUGUAGUACUUUUCCCCCCCAACACAAAGCAGUUACAAUUUUAGAUGUACAGUUGUGCCUGCUUAGCUGAGCACUGCAUUGCCUGUAUGUUUGUGAGUUUUUGGGGUCUGGGGGAGGGCUCUGUACAGUCUGUUUUCUGUAUAUAAACUGGAACAUUUAUUUUAUGAGAAAUGUAAUGCAAUUUUAUUACUGGUGUGAAUUAAAAAUUAUGAAUGUUUCCUGGUCA